UUAAAGGUUAAACGUGGGCGGGGCUGUACUUCAAACCCACAUGUUUACUUCCUCGGUGUGGUGUCGUAAUCGCGAUAUUACCAUGUUAUUUAAGUCUCUGCUACUUGGUGCCUGCGGUCUUAGCGCACUUGGAGCUGCUGCGUAUAAAUUUGCCCCUACUCAGAUCUCGGGAGCAUUCAUUCAUUCCGUGGUUAGGAAAUCAGCUCUUGUGUCUCAAUCCAACAUGAAGGUAGAGCUGCUGCCUGCGCUUACUGAUAACUACAUGUACCUCCUCAUUGACGAGGAAACAAAAGAGGCAGCCAUUGUAGACCCCGUCGAACCCUCGAAGGUUGUUGAAGCUGUUAAAAAGCACGGCGUGAGGCUCAAAUCUAUUCUAACCACACAUCAUCACUGGGACCAUGCUGGUGGAAAUGAGAAAAUGGUGAAGUUGGUCCCUGGGCUUACUGUGUAUGGAGGUGAUGACAGGAUAGGAGCCUUGACCAAAAAAGUAACACACUACAACACUUUCAAAGUGGGCUCACUGAAUGUAAAGUGUUUGUUUACACCGUGCCAUACCAGUGGACACAUCUGCUACUUUGUGACUUCAGAAAAUAGCUCUGAACCCCCAGCUGUGUUUACAGGGGACACCCUGUUUGUGGCAGGCUGUGGAAAGUUUUUUGAGGGUACAGCUGACGAAAUGUACAAAGCUCUGGUAGACAUUCUGGGGCGACUUCCCCCUGAGACGCGUGUGUACUGUGGCCAUGAAUACACAAUCAACAAUUUAAAAUUUGCACACCAUGUUGAACCAAAUAACGAGGCCAUCAGAAGAAAACUGGCAUGGGCUAAGGAGAAAUACGAUAACGGAGAGCCAACCAUUCCCUCCACAAUUGAGGACGAGUUCACGUUCAACCCCUUCAUGAGAGUCAGAGAGAAAUCAGUACAGAUGCACGCCGGGACAAGUGACCCCAUAGACACGAUGAAGAGCAUCCGGAAAGAGAAGGAUGGCUUCAAAGUGCCAAAGGACUGAGCUUGUGUGCAGGAAAUUGUCUAUUACAAUGCGUCUUAGUACACUU